UGCAACGUCUCGGCGCAUGUUGUACAACAGGCUGUCGCCAUUUUAUAAGUAUCCGUUUGUCAAAACGAUCAAAAAAAGAAAAUAAAUAUUAAUAAAUUGAUGUAAGGCCUAAGUGUUAUAUUAAAGAAGAAAGGUGCAAAGCGAGUCGCAUCCGGACCGUACGGCCUAGUAAAGGUAAGGAACAUGUCGUCGGUGCAGAAAGAGAGUGAGAGCCGUUAAACACUUCCUUCCAACUAAAGCGAAAUCCGACAAACAAAAAAAUAAAACGUGUUUACAAAAAAAUUACUGCUGAUGCUGAUGUUAAUCUCGGUUUAUAAAAAUGCAAAAUAUGUAAAAGAAGCGCAAAAUGUAUCGCGGUUGAUUCAAUAAAAAGUAUAAAACGCGAAAGAGACUAUUCAGUAGUUUUGUGUUGUGCGAUUCAAAAAGUCGUCAGUUUGUAACAGUAAGUUAGUAGUUUGGCAAAAAUGUUUUCUUCCUCGAAGAGGCAAACCCAUGUGUUCCUUUAUGGUAUACAAGGACCGUUCGCAUUUCCGCAGUUGCCAUGGACUCGGAAAGCGAGACAGAAUCAAAAGGAGCCCAAAGCCCCUCUUCGACCCGUUCGAGUGUUCGCUCAGGUUCAAGAUCCCCUGUGAGCGAUCGAUCUGUCUCAAAAAAUCAUGUUCACUCACCAUCCAGCGGAGGACCUAGAUCGCCGCAAAGCGAACCACGAUCGCCUAGCAGCCCACCAGGUUCCCCACCGAGCUCAGGUUAUCGUCCCGUUUCGCCUUACAGCAGCCAUCCUUAUUCGUCACCCGUUAAUUCAUUUGGAUCAAAUUCGGCGAGGAGUAGAUCUAGUUCCAGUUCAUCUAGGAGUAGGUCAAACAGUCCGGAAGUGAUGCAAAAAGGUGAUGGGCCGAAAUCACCCAAAUCUCCAAAAUCGCCCAAGUCACCAAACUCGCCGAAAUCUCCAAGUAGCGAAAGUUCCAAAAAGUCCUCUGCCGAAAGGAGUAUUAAUUCUGAUAAAAGUGGAUCGUCUCGGGAAUCUCGAAGGGCUCGAAAAAAUAUUAAUUUGGAGGAUGGAAAUACGUCCGAUUCAAGUCAAUCGAGUGUUGAUUCAUCUAGUAGGAAAAAUAAAAAUGUUGGGAAGAAUCAAGAUACUCAAGCUGAAGAAAUUUCAGAUGGUGAUAUGGAAUCGGAUCAUGAAAAACCACAAAGUCCAGAAGCGAAAAAAGAAUCGAUAAACAUCACUCACGACGAUUUAUCAGACGUUUCCGAUUUAGAUGAUUCAAUAGGAUGUCAUUCCGAGGAAGAAGAAGAAGAACAUAAAGAGGAUAAAAUCGAAGAUGAAGAAGAAGAACAAAUUCCCGCCGAUCCUAAGCCGACCGAAACGGAAGUAAAAAAGGUUUCUGAAAAAACGAGUAAAGCUGAAGAAGGCGAAGAACAACUCGAUUUUGAAGCGGAAGAUGGUGAAUGUCAAGAUCAAGAGCCGACGAAAGAUGAAGAUAAAGAAGCUGUUGCCCAAAAAGUGGAGGAAAAAGAUAAAAAAGAAGAAAAGGAUGAAUUAGAAGAGGGGGAGGUAACUGAUGAGGAUGAAGCUCGACCUGAAGAAACUGAACCGAGACCGGUUUGUCGAUUUUUUUCGAGGGGGCAAUGCACUUGGGGUGCAAGUUGUCGGUUUCUUCACCCAGGUGUAACAGAUAAAGGAAAUUACACCAUGUUCGAAAUGAUUAGACCAGUUAUUCCGGGUGAGUAUGGUCGUGAAGAGCGAAUGUACCGUCCUGAACCGCCGAUGGUAGAAUCGGCUUGGGAACGCGGCUUAAGAACGGCAAAAGAAAUGUUAAGGAAGUCUAUGAAAAGGAAAGAACAAGAUAUUGAUUUUGAAGAGAAAAAAAUGAACCUUAGUUUAGCUCAAGAAGAAUUUGAUAAAGAAAAUGGUUAUUACGCUAGGGCCCCAUCGCCUGAACCACGAUACGUAAUGAGACCACACCAUCCGGUUCCCGCUGAAUAUCCUCCGAUUGCUCGACCACCACCUCCCGAAGAAUACUACGGACGACGUCAAGUUUUGUACGAACCCGAAUUUCAGCCAAGAGAAAGAGUGCGCCCGUCUUACAGAGAAUUACCACCACAUCGUAUGCCGGAUUAUUACAACAAUAAAUACGAAGAAGAAGCACCCGGACAAUCUUCAUCAAAACCGCGGCGACCAAAACGCGAAGUUAUCGUUCAAAAAGUACCGGAAGAACGUCCGCAAGGUAGAGGAGACGAAUGGUCGGAUCCAUGGAUGAGAUCAAAAUCCCCCGGAACGAGAAAAGGAAGGAAGAGAUCGUACAGUUCUGGUUCGAGUUAUUCAUCGAGUAGCUCAUCGAGAUCUUCUUCACGAUCGAGUCGAAGUUCGUAUAGUUCUCGAUCGAGAACCUCUAGGCAUAAGAAAGAAAAUCGUUCGCAUCGACCAAGGCAAGCGGUUUCACCGUCAGUUAUUGUUUCCGAAAGAAAAGCUGCUAAUGAACGUGCUGCUCUUAUGAAUCCACCAGCACCAAAGAAAAAGGCUUUAUCACCAGGUAUGAUGCGUGUUGGUGCUCAAAACCCACCACCACCAUCCAAAUCCGAUUUGGGGCGUACAACGAGCAAAUUAGCCAUCGCGGCAGCUUUAGCUCGAGUAAAAGGUAGAAGGCGUUCGUCUCGUUCAUCAUCCGAGUCAUCCGGUUCAAGUUCAAGCGACUCUGAUUCUUCAGGAUCAAGCAGUUCUACGAGUAGAGAUGGGAGUCCUCCACCUCGACGUGUUGAUUUAGCGAUGGCAUUAAAAGCUCAAGCGAUGGAUGUUUUGAAAGGUGGUACGGAAAAGAAACAAAUUAAAUUGAAUUUAAAAAAUCCGGUUGGAGUAAGAAAACCAGAAACGGGUGAUGUUAGGAAAAUUGAGAGUUCUGGGGGUGGUGGAAAAAAGAGGGUUGCUGCUUCACCACCUUUGGUCGAUCCUAAAGCAGCGUCUAAUAAAAAGGCAACAUCGAGAAGGGAGGAAUUGUUGAAACAAUUAAAGGCGGUGGAAGAUGCUAUUGCUAAAAAGAGAUCGAAAGUUAAUUGAUUGCAAAAAAAUUAAUUGGAGGGAGAUUAAUGACAAAAAAAGGUAAUGAUGGUUUAUUAUUUUAUAUUAUUAUUGUUAGGAUUUAAAUGUGAAGCACAAUGAAGUUAUUUUCGUUCUUUUUUUAUAUUUUUUUUGUAACAGUUUCUCGUAUCUUGUGAAUAACUGUGAGAUUUAUUUUUUUUUUUUUUUUUAAUUAGGAUAAAUCUUUUAAUGUUGAGUGAUGAUAAGAUCGUUACUAUAAGUAAUUAACUAAUUUUCUUUUCUUGAAAUUAAUUAUUUCUUCAUAAUAAUCAAUAACUGUCGAGUAUUUACUCUAAUUAAGAAAUACUUUGAAGAAAACAAUUAAAUCAUAAAAAUAAAACGUUAACAAAUAGUUGUUAGUU